AUGACGAAAGACAGGUAUACCGAGUUCACCCCUGAGCAGUAUCCGCCAUUUCCGGAUGGACUGCCUGUGGUGGAACUUCAGACCAUCUCGCUUGACAAGCUUCUCAAAGGCGACGAAAAUGCACAAGAUGAAGUCUUCGAGAUCUGCAAAGGCAGAGGGUUUUUCUACCUGGAUCUUCGGGGCUCAGGGGUUGGUGACGACUUCCUCAAGAACGCCGAGCAGAUCGCUCGCGUCGGCGAGGAGACGUUCGACUUGCCAGUAGACGAAAAGAUGAGGUACACGUUGGGCAACAAAGUGAGGACGCUCUUCGGCUACAAAUUCGUCGGCGCUACCGUCACGGACAAACAGGGCACCAAGGACACCGCCGAGUUCUUCAACGUGGCAAAGAAUGACAUGAUCGUGCCGGACGAGCAGAUGAAAUAUCCGUGGCCAGCCCCGAUCCUCGACUCGAAACCGCUGUUCCGAGAGUAUAUCGAAACAGCUCACUCGAUGGGGAUGCUGCUCCUUGGCAUUCUGGCGGAAAGGUUGGGUGUCGACGCCGCUGAAAUUACGAGCAAGCACAGGAUCUCAGAACUAGCAGGCGAUCAUGUGAGAAUUACCCGCGGCCCGCCAAGAGAGACUGAGGAUAUGCCUGAAAUUCAAACACCUUCGCACACGGACUUUGGCACAAUCACGAUUCUUAUGAACUGGCUAGGGGGCUUACAAGUAUGGUCUGAGUCGGCGCGCAAAGCACAGCUAAGCGACGGCCAACCAGACACAGCUGGCGAAUGGCUGUGGGUCAAGCCUCAGAAGGGUUGCGCUAUCGUUAAUCUCGGCGACGCAGCUGUGAAGUUUACCAACGGCGCAUUGUGCUCGGGUCGCCAUCGGGUCAUACCAGCACCUGGGGCGCAAGGUAAGUGGCCACGGUAUAGUAUUGUGUACUUCGUAAGGCCAGAAGACAAGUGCAUUUUGAAGCAGCUGAGAGGCACGGGAAUUCCCGAUGGCCCCGAGGAAGAAGGGCUCACAGCCCAAGAUUGGAUUUAUCGACAGGCUCAAAACCUUGGAAUUAAGUAA